AGCUACACAAAACUUGUCAUAGACAUGAGUAUAGAUGUGUUUGUGUGCUCUUUAUUUUCGAUUUUGUUUUUUUUGUAUGUACUACAAGUAGUUGUACGAAAAAUGACGCAUUCUUGUAAAUCAAUACAUUUUAACUGAUGCUUAUCUACUUUUCUCGUUAAUUAUAGAGAACAAACAGAUUCUUCGCUUAAAAAAAAUCUUUAGUUGGAUAAUAAUAUUUUAUAAAUAUAAGUCAAAUGAAAUGACAACGGAGUGAUGUUGAGCUGUUUAAUGUCGAACGAAAGAAGUUUCAAGGUAAAUUAUCGUGAACUUUUAUCUUUACUCUAGCGUUAUUAUUGUUUUCCUAGAGGCAACAGUCAAUAUAAAGAGGUCAGUGAUUGAUCUAUAUAUCCUUGUCUUUUUCUAGUUUCUUUACUGUUGUUUAUAUAGAUUGCUGUUUACUCAUUUUGAAGAUCUUUCAAACGAACUUAUCUAUGAAAUUUUCGAGUUUCUCGACGAUUACGAUUUAUAUGAAACAUUUUCAAAAUCUCGUUACUAAUUCACGGCUCCCUAUUCAAAUCAACAUGUCGUCCAUGUCGAAAUCAACUUUUGAGCGUUGUCAUACCAAUAUUAUCAUGCCAAAUAGAUAUCGAAUUAAAUCACUUCGUUUAUCGAAUCCAUUCAUUGUCGAUCUCAUUUUCAAACCUCUUCGCAUCGCUCCAAAGUUCAGCCGACUGAAAACAUUAAUUCUUGACGAUAUCAAAUCCGUGUCUUUUUGAUUGCGGACAAAAAUCAAAGCAAUUAGCAUGCCGACAGUGUGGGUGAGGGCUGAAAUUUUGUCCGCAAUUAAGAAGUAGCCAACUAGAAAAGGGUGUGGGUGUGGAGUGUUGUUAGAUAAUGCUUUCCUAUUUAGACUGAUACCCACACCUACCCAUAUCCUUGCUUAUUGAGUCACUAAAACUUUGUUGUUAAAUCAUUUACUAUGAUUAUUUUUGACGAUGUUUUUGACUUGUUACUAAUAGAAAUCAAUCGACUCAUUCAUACGAAUCAUUAAAAAGAAUUAUUGAAGAAAUUAACGGAGAUAUAAGUCAAUUUUCUUCACUGCCGAUGACAUACUACUCCGAAAAAAUAAUGCUAACAGAGUUAGUGAACUAUUUCUAGAAUUUUCUAGCAAGAAUUGACCGAUCCAAAAUUAGCAUCUUUCGUUCCAUCUAGUGUGUCCCCUAUAAAAAUCGAUAAUGUUUACAAUUAAAAUAUUGAAAUAACAUCUUGUUUUAUAUUUUAUACUAAGAUAAAUGAACUAUUCGUCUAUACAAAGUAGUAUUGAAAAAUGGUUUAUUCAUUUAUUUGUUACGAUGAACUUGCAAAACAACUUAUAGAUAAUUGUUGGUUUUACGCAGGUGUUGAAUGCUCUCUCUUUACAAGAUGUUUUGUUGCGAUAAUUUUUAAAUAUUCACUGAACAGAAUUCAAUAAUAAUGUAAAUAAAUAUUUUAUUAUACAUGAUUAUUGUUUUCUUUUUGAUUGUAUUCAAACUCAAUAAAUCUACAUUAUCAAACAUCUGUGUGUUUCAUAUUUCAAUGAACUUAUUAUAUUUUUUCUAUUUAUUAUUAGAAAAUAUCAAACAAAGUAAAAAAAAAUAUAAAGUAAAACGUAAGUUAGAAAUAAAUAAAUAUUAACCUAUUUAAUAAACUACAUAGUUUCCAUUUGAUAUAAACUUUAGCUUUAGAUAAUUUAUGACUAUAUUUGCAGCUCUACAAAGAUUUUUUCCAAUGUUAAUGGUACAUCUUUUCAAAAUGUAAGCAUAUCGUUUUUUGUUAGUCUAUUAAUUUAUCUUAUACAAGACUUACAUAAACUUCUUAUAUUAAAACUUCACUCCUUAUUAUUAUUAUUACAAAAACAAAAUUUAUUUAAGAAAGAAGUGGACAUUCUUAUCAAACUUGACCUUGGCAUGUAUUAAAUACAGAUCAAUAAUAUUGAUGUUGAAGUAUUUCUAAAAGAAAUGGUGAAAAAAUGAGAUCAACUAUGAAAAACUAUUUGUUGAUUAUGCAACUAAACAUGUUAAUGAUAAUAUCCAUCUACAAUGGCAAUACUUUGAUUUGUUAUGUACCUGCAAACAAUAUUAUAGAUUUUUAAGAUAGAUACACAGAAGAUCAAAGAAUGCAGAUUGAUUAAAUAACUUCUUUCAAAUUUACAAAGUCAUUUGAUUGUGUUUCCCUUUUUUGUCUAUGACUGUUUCUAUCGGACGUUGAUCUCGAUGACCUAUUCUUCUUUUGUCUGAAUAGCAUAUUUAAACAUCUUCGAAGUGAAGGAUUAAUUUGAUAAACAAACUCAUUCAAUCUAGAUUGAAAAAGAAAUAUGAAUCAAUUUAAACGAAAACUGAGUUCUGAUGAUUUAUCAGAAGAAAAAACAAAGAAAUUUAGGAGUAAGUUAUUCAUCUGGUGAAUAUAAAGUAAUUUGUAUUUCUAUUUUAUUGCAAUAGAUGAAUUCGAUCAAUUUAUAACUUAUUUUGAAGAUCUAUCAAAUGAAUUAUUAUGAGAAAUAUUUGAUUAUCUUGAUGGAUAUGGAUUAUAUUAAGCAUUUUCAAAUCUUAAUUCUUGAUUUGAACAUUUUCUUCAUUCUUCAUCUGUAUUGUUUAACACUCAUUGCUAUUCGAUUAAACUUGAUAAAGUUAUUAACAUAUUCACACAAUUUAUGUUUGCCAAUCGACAUCAAAUAUUUUCUUUACAUGUAAAUUUUAUAAUACGCAAUAGUUAUCUUUUUUCGUCAUCUUUAUUCGAUUCAUCAUUUAAUCGUCAUGAAUCUAUUAUUUUCGAACAAAAUUCAAUCCGAUACACUUAUCCUGAUUUUAAGCAAUUUAUCUUCUUUACCAUAUCUUGUCUCAUUAACCAUCGAAACAUCUAAUGUUCCAGAAGAAAUCAAUGGUAUCUAUCGAUUAAUAUUUGUCUUACCUAAAGUGAAAUAUUAUCGAAUUGCCUUUUCUAAUAAUUGUCAUCUUGUUAUUGAUCAUUAGUGUUCUUUGAAUGAACUCAUAUCUUUGAUUUCUUACACACCAAAACUUCGUCGUUUAACUGUUCAUAAUAUAAAAAUCGAUUGAUUCAAAUAUUACAAUAUUAUCAUCACUUACAUUAGCUAAUCUAAAUUCGAUUUAUUUAGAUUUACAUCAAACAACAUUUUAUGUACUCGAAAUAUUCAUUACAAAAAAAUUUCCUAAUUUGAAAAGUUUAUUUAUUGCUGGUUCAGACGAUAUUACUUUUCUUGAUGCUUAUCGAUGAAAACAAUUAAUUUUAAAUAAUUUUCCUCAGUUAGAAAAAUUUUAUUUCGUAUAUGAUGAUCUUCUUGAUAAUGAAGAAAAAUAUCCAAGAUUUACUGGAAGAUCGAACCAAUUUUCUUCAUCAUUUUGGAUUGAACGACAAUGGCUAUUUGAAGCCGAAAUCAAGGAUACAGAUAUCGAAUAUACAAUUCGUCCAUAUAGAUGGUAUGAUGAUACAGAAAAUAAUAUUGUUCAUCGUUAUGUUAAACAUUCUACAUUUACUAAUUUGACAUUGAAAUGUAUUCCUAGUUCUAUGUUCGAGGAAGUGAUGCUUAAAGAAAUUGAACGUGUUUUAACAAUAACAAAAAUUUAUCACUUGGAAAUUCUCAAAACAAAAACUCUCAAUUCUUGCCUUGAUUUAAGCUGUUAA